AUGCCCAUCCCGCCCCCGGAUCUUCUGACCUUUCCGACUCCGAGCAAGCAGAGAUCACAGGGCAAGAGAGGCCAUAUCAUUUCAGAAUUCAGAACCCAGACGUCCACGUCGCCUGCCACGGCGACGCCCAUCUUGCCCGCUCACCCAGGGCAAGCCGCCUACCAGGCCGUAUACACUCCGAUUUCGCCCACCGUCACGAGCAGCGAAGCCGAAGCCACAUCUCCCGUUUCUUCUCUGACGUCGCAGUACACCAAGUCGUUUUUUCUCGACCUCAUUCCCGACUAUGUCGAGGGCGUGUACCCCGUGCAUCCUGUCAUCACCGCACAUGAGCUCCGCCAGUACAUUGAGGCCAUGGACACUGAUCCAGAUGUUUGCUCCUUUGUGUAUGCUUUUGGUGGCUGCACCCUCAAUCUCACCCGCUAUGGCGACCGCAGGACAGACGAAGUGGUACAGACGAUUGAGAAGCUCAUGGACCACUCCAUCGACACCAUGCGCCGCUCCCACAAGCAUUGCCACUUUUCUGUCAUGCGAGCAGUCCAGUCCAUGUUUAUCCACAACUGCUUGAUGAGCCUGCAGGGCAGUGACGCCGCCUUCUUCUACAUGCGCGACGCAAUCACCAUCAUCCAGCUGCUGAGGAUAGACAACCCGGAGAAUGCCGCACAGCUGUCUGCCCCAGAGCGCUCUCGGAGACAGCGGCUGUACUGGCAAGCCUUCAUCCACGAGCGCUUCCUGGCCAUCCUCGACUAUCGCCGCGCAAUCCUGCCCCCGCUCUACACAAUGCCCGAAGACGACCCCACGCUGCCUAUCCAGGUGCACGAGGGCUUCAGUCAUAUUAUCAAGCUAUUCAAGCUACUCGAUACGGAAUUCCUCAACAGCUGGCUGGAUUCGCAGGGCGCCAACGUCACUAGCACCUGGGUCGAAGCCAAGUCGCGCGAGCUCGAGGGCGACCCUGAGGCGGACGCGCGCGAGCUAUCCAUGUUGUCCAUGAUGCAGCGCGCCGAUCUGUGCAUCACACGCGAAUGGUUGCGUACCUUGGUGUGGCGCCUCGCCAUGAGCCAAACGCUGCUUUCCUCGCGCUCGCCCAAAGAAUGCCUAUCGCUCCUCUUCCCCGUGCGACUCUCGCAAACGCUGCGUCAACUAGUUUCGAGCAUGUCACGGGAGGACAUUGAGGUCCACGGCACAAGCAUCACACAAAAGCUAUUUGAAAUCACAGACACCAUUGCCGAUGUGCUGAUCCACGUGCCCGCCGCCACGCUUGACGAGACAGCACUGCGCAUCGACGACUUUCUCUUCAUCCUCGACUUUGUCCUGCUCAUCCCCCAUCUCGACCACACCCGCCGUGGCAUCUUGCUUGAGAAGCUGGAGCGUCUGCAGACAAUGUUCCCAGAAGUCCUGAGUAAUGCUAGCUCACCGAAUCUGCCCCUCGAUGUGCAUAGUCCCUCCAGUGGCAGCAACAAUAACAACAACACCAGUAACAGCACUGGUCCCGUUGUGCCAAGUGACCCUUGGUACCAGGUCACACAGUCCAAGACGGCCGCGGGACUCGAGCUCAUGGCAGACGGGCAUGGAGUGCUUCAGGCGCCAGCAGCCCAAGGAGCACUACCCCGAGGCGAGGCAAGGAGCGGCUUGCUGGCUACCUGGAACAACAUCUCCAGGCGCCUGACCAUGCAGGUGGCAACAUUUGGUGAUGGAUAA